AUUCGUUUAACAGCCGUCUUCCGUCAGUUCCUUCUCAGUCUUCCAAGAAGCCUCCAGAUUAAUCGAUGGGCGUUGCGGCGGCCGAAGGCGACGACGGAGUCGUCACCGGCGAUGGCCCCACAGUGUUCCGAGGCACUGCCUAUUCCUUCCUCCGCACCAACCUCGCGCUCGCCCUCUGGCUCGGCGCCAUCCACUUCGACGCCGCACUCGUCCUCGUCGCCCUCCUCUUCUUGCCCCUCCGCCUCGCUGCCGCGGUCUUCGCGGUUCUGCUCUUCUUCAUGGUGAUUCCGAUCGACGAAAGGAGUAGAUUUGGACGGAGAUUGUCAAGGUUCAUUUGCAAGUACGCCUGUGGGUAUUUUCCGAUUACGCUUCAUGUGGAAAACAUCAAAGACUUCAGUCCAGACCAAGCUUAUGUUUUUGCCUACGAGCCGCACUCGGUGUUACCAAUAGCUGUUUGUGCACUUGCCGACCUCACUGGAUUCAUGCCACUGCCAAAAAUCAAGGUUCUUGCGAGCAGUGCUGUCUUCUACACACCUUUUCUGAGGCACAUUUGGACAUGGCUGGGACUUGCUCCUGCAUCCAGGAAGAACUUCUACUCGUACCUUGAUUCUGGGUACAGUUGCAUCAUUGUGCCUGGUGGUGUCCAGGAGAUGCUUCAUAUGGACUGUGAUUCCGAGGUCGCAUUCCUUAAAUCAAGAAGAGGGUUUGUGCGAAUUUCCAUGGAGAUGGGCCGACCUUUAGUGCCUGUAUUUGCCUUUGGCCAGAGUAACGUCUAUCAGUGGUGGAAACCCACUAGGAAAUCGUUCGUGAAUAUUGCUCGAGCACUCAAGUUCACACCAUUAAUCUACUGGGGAAGAUUUGGAACACCCAUACCGUAUCGGCACCCAAUUGAUGUAGUAGUUGGGAGACCAAUUGAGCUGACAAAAAAUCCCAACCCAACCUCUGAGGAGAUCAAUGAGGUUCACUCUAAAUUUGUUCAUGCUCUCAAGGAGCUUUUCGAGAAGUACAAGAGCAAAGUUGGUCAUCCUGAUCUCGAACUCAGAAUCGUUUAAUAUGUUCAUCUUCCUCGCCUUUUCUUGUCUGAACUUGAUGUAUUUAAAGAACAAUCCUAAUGAAGGUGGAGGUGGCUGGGCCUUGUUAACAUGCUUCAUGGCAUCGGAUUAUCAACUAAGAAGCUCCAAACUAAUCGCCAAUCGACUCCCAAUUAGAAAAGAUGUAUGUGUUGUGUAAUUGUAUAGAAAUUAGUCAUUUUGGUUGUUCAUUGUAAUAAAAUGCCAUGACUGCAAUUGAAAGAUGUCUUAAAGUUAAACAAAAUAGCUAAUGAUAAUUUGGUUAUUUUGAUA